AUGCUAGUGUACACGGAAGGUUUCCGCCACACCGUGCUCGCUGGCCUUGUCACAAUGUUCAACGUGGCUAUCAAGAAAGUUGGCGACGUGUUCAGCGACCUGGUCGAUGCCAAGCGAAUCGUGCGGGAAAUCAAGCUACUUCGGCAUUUCGAUGGCCACGAGAACAUUGUCGCGAUUGCCGACAUCAUGACGAUUCCUCCAGACACGACUGACUUCAAGGACGUGUACAUCGUGACAAAUCUGAUGGAGUCCGACAUGGACCGCAUUAUCGCGUCUGGACAGCCCCUCACCGAUCAACACUUCCAAUACUUCAUUUACCAGGUGGUUCUGCGUGGAUUGAAGUUCAUUCACAGCGCUAACGUGCUGCAUCGGGAUAUGAAGCCAUCAAAUCUGCUGGUCAACGCGAACUGCGACCUCGCCAUCUGCGAUUUCGGUCUUGCUCGAGGCGUCGAACUGGAGUAUGAGGAUGAAUUGACGGAAUACGUGGUGACCCGGUGGUAUCGGGCCCCUGAACUUCUGUGCGACUCCACGCACUACGGCAAAACUGUCGAUGUGUGGAGCGUUGGAUGCAUAUUUGCCGAAAUGCUGUCCCGACGUCCUUUCUUCCAGGGGCACAAUCCGCACCAUCAGUUAGAGACCAUCGUGUCGGUACUCGGGCUACCCCCGGAGGAGCAGCUGUCGUUCGUCACGCACCCUGCUGCACGAAAGGCUAUCAUGUCGAAGGCAAACGCCAAGCCGAAGGAUUUGGAGUCGUACUUUCCAGCGGACGCGAGCCCAUUGGCGUUGGACUUGCUACGGCGAAUGACUAACCUUGUCACCAACACCGCGGUGUUGUUCGUCCCACAGCUCGUGUUCCAUCCAGAACAUCGUAUCACCGUCGACGAGGCCUUGGAGCACUCGUAUCUUGCGGACCUCCACGGCCAGGUGAUGUGA